AUGAGCAUUGCUGUUGAGCACGACAAGCUGUGGGAUUGGCCGCUUCAAGCAAACGACGAAUUUGUCAAUGUCGUAGAAGACUCAACGCAUUUUGAAGUCGAUUUGGAUGCAAAGUAUUUUUCACCAAAAGAAAUCAAGGUUACUCUCGGACACAAUGCUUCUCAAAUUCUCUGUUUAUCGCUGGUAAAAACGAUGGGCGAUCUGCUGCAGAUUCAGAUGGAACAUGAUGGCCUUGAUAACGGUACUACGAAUAUAAGUAGAACUAUAUUGAGAUGUUAUAAGCUACCAGUAGGAGUCGAUGUUCAGAGUUUGAAGAGCAAUCUCACCAACAAGGGUAUUCUGCACAUUUCUGGAAAGAAGUUGUAA